CGGGCGGCCUCCAUGCGCCGUGUUGUAGUGGAUUUGCCCGUCUGAGAAGAAUGCAGCGGGCUGUACUAGGGCAGGGGGAGGGACUUGUCGCCAAGUGGGACAGACGAGCCUGGUGACGGGCCACGUGUGCGUGGUUUGGAAACGAGUCGCUUUCUGCUGUUUGCGUGGAGAUAAAAGCCCCCGGUCUUGCCCGUCCCGUACUGCCAUUGCUUGGUUUCAGCUCGCCGAUACUGCACGUCUACGCCUGGAUUUCCCUGUGCCAUCUUUCGUCUGCAAACGACCCCAUCGCGACCACUGAAUCAGUACCGCCUCGGCCCCAGCGCUGCAGGAACGCCCGUGCUCGGCAUGUCGUUCUUCAAAAAACUCCAGAAGGAGUUUGACGAGCUCAAUCCCUUUGACAAGAAGGAACAGCCGAAAAAGCAGGAGCAGCCGGUGGCUCCCGCACCUAGUCUAGCUCCUGAUAAAAAGCCCGACGACACACGCGCCCCGGCCCCUCCAGGGGGAGCCAACUCAACCAGUCCCGCACCUCCUCCGUACGCCUCAGCAGCACCGCAGCAGCAACAGAGCCAACAACAGCCGCAGGACCAGAAGCAGGAAAUGUACGGCGCACCAUACGGGCAGCAGCCCUACGGCCAACAGCCGUACGGGCAGCAGCCGUACGGACAGCAGCCGCAACAAUACGGAGCGCCCCCACCCGGCCAGUGGGGUGCGCCGGGCCAGCCGCAGCUGCCGCCCGGCUGGACCUCGCAGUUCGACCACAGCUCGCAGCGCCCCUACUACGUCGAGACGGCUACGGGAAAGACGCAGUGGGAGGCUCCGGCUGCACCCCCGCCCCCUCCCCCGCCCCCGCCGAGUCAGCCGCAGCUGCCGCCUGGCUGGACCUCGCACUUUGACCAAGGCUCGCAGCGCCCCUACUACGUCGAGACGGCGACCGGCAGGACGCAAUGGGAGGCGCCCGCCGCCGCCGCCCCGCCGCCGCCGCCGCCGCCGCCUGGUGGUGCUCCCGGUGGUGCUCCCGGUGGUGCUCCCGGUGCGCCCCCGCCGGUCCCCUACGGCAGCCACCCGGGCGCUGGUGCCUCGCCUGCCCCAGGCGGUGAUGGCGCCCGCAACUUCAAGCCGGCCGGCGACGCAGGGUAUGGAUCUCCCAACCCGAGCAGCAUCGCAUCUCCCAAUCCGAGCAGCAUCGCAUCUCCCAACCCGAGCAGCAUCGCAUCUCCUAACCCGAGCAGCUACGCUCCCUCUCCGGGCGGCGAUAGCACCAGGACUGGUGGCUUCUCUGCCUACGGCUCCCCUAACCCGGGAGCUGCACCGUACGGAGCUCCUCCCUACGGGGCCCCUCCCCAAGCCUAUGGUGCUCCUCCGCAAGGCUACGGCUCGCCCGCUCCUGGCGCGCCCUACCCUGGCGGCUACGCCUCUCCGGCGCCCUACGGUGCACCCGCGGCUGGCGGCGCAGCGGCCGGCUACUUUGCCGGCGCCCCCGCCCCUGCAGGCCCGCCUGGCGCCUCGCCUUAUCAGGGCUCGCCGUACGGUGCGCCUCCGCAGGGCGGCCCGUCUCCGGGUCAGCCUGGAGGCAACCCCUACGGCGGAGCACCGGCGGCGCCGGGCGCCAAGGAUGCUGGAAAGCCGAAGAAGGGCAUGAGCGCCGGCAGCGGCGUGCUUCUGGGUGCCGCUGGAGGCCUUGCCGCGGGUGCUCUCGGCGGUGCCCUGAUCGCCAACGCACUGCACGACUCCGAUUCGGAAGACGAUAAGAAGAAACAGGCUGCGGCGGCGGCGGCACCGCUGGCGGCGGCAUCGGUGGCGGCGCCGACCGAGGUGCACCACCACUACCACUACGGCCAACAGCCCCCGGCGGCGGCGCCGCAGGACCCGGACAUGCCGCCGGCGGUGCUGGGGGCGUACGACGCCGACGGCAACCGCGUAUCGGACAGCGACCGCGAGGACGUUCGCGAGGCGCGGGACAGGUACGAGGAGGCGCUGGCGGCCGCCAACGACUCGGACGCCAGCAGCAGCGACAUGGAGGAGCUGGAGGAGGCGCGGCAGGAGUACAUUGAGGAGUAUGAGGAGACGUACGGCGGCGAGGACGACUACGACGACUGAGGAAUGGGGCGAUAGCGUUUUUCUGUGGCCACGAUAGGCUUUAUGAUGGCACACUCGAUACUCUAAGCUGGGCGUUGGUUUGGGAAGCCAAAGUUCUCCCCCGUGAUUGCUAGCAGUUGUCUCUGCAUCUCGAUUGCUUGUCUUUAUGAUUGCUUGACGAAUCCAUUGCCUAACGACGAGGGAUUUAAUGCACGCCUCGGGAGUAGCUCCCGCAAUGUUUGACGAAAAGGGGUCCCUUUAGCGUCGCAGCAGGAAAACCCCAUUGGACCCCGCCAGAUGGAGCCAGCCUAUCUGAAGCAUAAGAAAAAAAAAUAUGAUCCCUGCGGAUAUCAGCAAAUUGCUUGAAUUGAAUGCGUCAC